AUGUCUCAUCGUAAAGAACGUAUUCGGGAAAUGGUCUUGUCGUUGAAUGCCAUGUUUCCCGAAGUGAAUUUACAAGUCUUGCAUCAAGCAGUGAUUGAGAGUGAUCUUGAUGAGAGUUUGGCAAUUGAAAAGGUCUUAUUGUAUUGUGAUUCUCAGAAUAUAGAAGUGUUGGAUGAGAAUGCGGCAGAGUCUUUGGUGGAUCAUGAAGAAAGCAAGGAAUUGUCGGAACAUGAUGAGGAAGAAGAGGAAUGUUAUGAUGAUCAAGAUCUCGAGGAAGAACAAGUCUAUGAUGAAGAAAUGAUUUAUGAAGAAGAUUUUGGAGAUGAUUCUGCGUUUGUAGUUGAAGAGCCAACAAGGACUGAAAAGGAAGAAAAAGCUCCAAAGCAGUACUUUAAAAUUCUUGGAUUUAAAGAAUUGUUACAAGAUCAAGAAGUUGAAGUGAAACAAGUGGCGGAAACGAUUCAACUGAAAAGUACAAUUUUUGUGGAAGUAUUGUUGAAACAUUAUCGAUGGAAUUCAGAAAAAUUAAUUAGAGAUUAUGGUGAAUAUGGAAUGAGCUACUUGCUUGAAAAAUGUGGAUUGAGCAAUGAUGUGAGUGGAGAUCAGAAUCAAAUUGGCAUGUGUGAUGCAUGUUAUUCAGAUGAUGUCAAGUUAUUCUCUUACGAUAUGUGCGGUCACACCUUUUGUUAUAAUUGUUGGAAGGAUUACAUUUCCACUUUUGUAACAGAAAAUUCCUUUAAUCAUUUAAAUAUCAAGUGUAUGGCGUAUGGUUGUAAAUCCGUAUUGACUGAAACCUACAUGAUGUCUUUCUUGGAUCAAGGCAAGGAUGCAGAGCUGAUCAAUCGAUUUUACAAGGCCAAAGUGGAUUCCUAUGUUGCAGAUCACUUUCGUUUGAAGUGGUGUCCGAAUCCAAAAUGCGGACGUGUCAUCAAGAAGCUCUGUGACGAGAAUUUAUUCUAUGUACAAUGUAAAUGUGGAGAAGAGUGUUGCUUCCACUGUGACAAGGAGCCACAUUUUCCUUGCCCUUGCAGUGUAUAUGCCAAGUUUAUUGAUGAUGUUAAGAAUGAGACAGCAUCUAUGCAACUGAUCAAAAAGAGUUGUCAGCAGUGUCCCAAAUGCAAAACUUAUGUUUUUAAGAAUGUAGGAUGCGAUCACAUUAACUGUGUAUGCGGUAACGAAUUUUGCUAUCGAUGUGGAGGUGACUUUACAGGGUAUAGACAUGAUUAUGAAGAAUGUAUGAAACAUGAUAUUAAGAAUGUGGACCUGGAUCACGUUGAAUUUGAAUUUUCUAUUGUCGAAACCUUAUACCAUAAAAUUUCUCAACUAUGGAAAAAGCAUCGAGAUUGGUUGGAUGAGCAAAAGACAUCACAACAUUAUCAACUCUUAAUUGAUAACACAAGGAUUCACACCGAGUAUACGAUUUUCUCUGACGACGACUUUAAAUUCUUAAACUCAACGUUAAAGACUGUAAUUCGUUCCAGAAGAUUAUUGCGCUCCUGCUACGUUUAUGCAUUCAUGUAUUUUGGUUUUGACAAGGUAAAGCUCGAGAAAAAGGCACUUGGUCAAUUUAGGAAUGACUUUAAAAAAGAAGUUGCAGCCUUAGAAACAUAUGGAUUGUUGUUUGAUUCUCAUUUACAACGAUUGGAAACAUUUGUCUCUCAAUUAUUGGUGAAUCUUGACCUCACACUUAACACCAAGCAGAGAGAUAAGGCAAUUUUCUUAGAAAUGACAAACAAGACAAAUCUUGUCACCAAAGAACAACAAAACAUUGUCGACUUUAUUAACAAUAGAAUGCUCAUGAAAGAAAUUUCGUAUGAAUAA